AUGAUUACAAACAAACCAGUGACUGAUAAAAACCGUGAAAGGUCUAACAUAACGCAAUGGGUGAUGUUUGAGCUUAACCGGGAAGAGGUCAUAAGAAUCAUUGAUCCGAACUUGGGUGUGGAUUAUAACUCUCCAUGUGUAUGGAAUGCUCUUCGACUAGCAAUGUCAUGUGCAGAUCGUUCCUCAACGAAACGACCAACCAUGUCUGCCAUUGUUAGCAAACUAAGAGAGUGCCUCGCAAAUUUACGUGGGGAUAUUGAGUUACUCUGA